UUAUUUUGGGGAGCAAAAGCCAUGAUUGAGAUAAUUGGCCUCCUGACAACAAGUCAUGAUUGAACUUACGCACCACUCUCUCGUAUUCUCUGCUUUCUAUAUAAUGCCUUAUUCCCUCUUCUUGCAUAUCCAUCAGCUUUCAACUCUUUCUCUCUCGUAAACUCCCCAAGCCCAAAUCGUUUCCUACCUCUUCUGUCUGUCUUUUAUCUCGUCCUUGUUCACACCAGAGGAUCUAAGCUACUAGAAGAGAAGAAGCUGUGUUUGGGGAAAGAGAAAAUAAUGAUGGUGGGAAAAGAAGAUCUGGGUUUGAGUCUGAGCUUGAGUUUCCCUCAGAAUCACCACUCUCUACAGCUAAAUCUAAGGCCCUCUCUGGCUAAUUCUUGCUCUUCUCCUUCUGGUUUAACCCAUCAGAAACCCUCAUGGAACGAUGCCUCUGCUCCUUCAGUAUGGUCUUUGCAUGCAGAUCCAAACUCAGAAUCUUUCCGGGCCGAGACUAGAUCAUUUCUUAGAGGAAUCGACGUGAACAGAUUGCCAUCUACGGUCGAUUGUGAAGAAGAAGCUGGAGUUUCAUCUCCAAACAGCACGAUAUCGAGUGUGAGUGGAAAAAGGAGCGAAAGAGAAGGUAAUGGAGAUGAGCUUGAGAUUGAAAGAGCUUGUUCUCGUGGCAUCAGUGACGAAGAAGAUGGUGACACAAGAAAAAAGCUUAGACUCUCAAAAGAUCAGUCUGCUAUUCUUGAAGAAAGCUUCAAAGAACACAACACUCUUAACCCAAAGCAGAAGUUGGCCUUGGCUAAGCAGCUGGGAUUGCGACCCAGGCAAGUAGAAGUGUGGUUCCAAAACAGAAGGGCAAGGACCAAGCUUAAGCAAACUGAGGUUGAUUGUGAGUUCCUAAAGAGAUGCUGUGAGAAUCUGACGGUGGAAAACAGGCGGUUGCAGAAGGAAGUUCAUGAGCUGAGAGCACUGAAACUUUCCCCGCAGUUUUACAUGCAAAUGACCCCUCCUACCACACUUACCAUGUGUCCAUCAUGUGAGAGGGUGGCGGUCCCACUCAACGCAUCAUCCACCGUUGAUCCACGUUUCCGUCAGCUGGCCCAAACCCACCACAGGCCCAUCCAAAUCAAUCCUUGGGCCCCAGCUACCCCCAGCCCUCAUGGACCGCCUGAUGCUCUUCGUCCUCGAUCGUAAUUAUAACCAAUGCAAAAUGGCAUUUUGAUGAAUGGAAAAGACAUCAUACGUACGGAGAACAGUAUUGCAGCGUUCCAAUCCCAUGUUCAAAGUCUUAGGUCUAAGAUAUGGUGGUUAGAAUGUGAUUUUGAUGGGUCCCUAUGUUUUGUAUUAUUGGACCCAUCUAAUCUUUUUUUCUUACCAAGGUUAACAUAUUUAAUUAGUUUAAUUUUUGGUGUUAAUUACUGAUGCUAAUUACAAAUUUACGACUUUGGGUGUAAAGUGCAAUGUCUAAUUAUUAAAUUUGACUAAAGCUUUAAACUAAAUUUUGUGCUCCAAAUUCCAAUUUCCAGUUACAAGGAAUCACUCCUUUUGUUUUUU